GUCCUACCUCCCAGUUCUCUAUAAAGGCCCCCCGUUCCUCUUUCCCCAGAAAAUCUAAAUAUUUGGUUGUCUCGCCCCCUUCUCCGAUUCCGUCGCCGACCCACAACUGACAGAACAUGAGUUACUACAACCAGCAACAGCCUCCAGUCGGCGUUCCUCCGCCGCAAGGGUAUCCUCCAGAGGGCUAUCCGAAGGACGCUUAUCCGCCAGCGGGGUAUCCCCCGCAAGGGUACCCACCGCAGGGGUACCCUCAGCAGGGCUACCCGCCGCAGCCGUACGCCCCUGGGUACGCUCCGGCGCCGCAAUAUGCUCCUCAACAGCAGCAACAGAGCAACGUCGGUUGUCUGGAGGGCUGUUUGGCUGCGCUGUGCUGCUGCUGCCUGCUUGAUGCGUGCUUCUGAUUGGGUACUCGACGUCAAGACAUCCAGUCAAUUACCCGGAUUAAAAAAUCAAAGACUGCGAAUUGGGCUCACAAAUGUUUCUGCAAUUACCUCUCUUUAUUUUGCAUUUAUUAAAUAACUUGGUUUCAAAAUGGAGAUGUACCGUUUCAUGCGUGUGGGUUUAGGAAAAUAGUUUGUUUUUCUUUCCAUGGAUGUGUAAAUCAUUGGAGAUUUUUCAUUUGUUAUAUGGAAACUGGAACUCAUUAGAUAA